UGAAUCUGCAUAGAUAUAUUUAUAGUAUUGAAGUAGUAUAAGAUCGCUCUGGCCGGUUAGAACUGGCCAGUGCUAAUUCCGAGUUCUUCUGAAUACAUAUACUUUGAAUAUCUGAGUUAUGCCGCAACUUAAUAAAUAAUACAAAAUUCACAAACAAAACCAUGCAGGUUGACCAAAUUAUAUUUGUGGCCACUUAGUCCGGCCCAAUCCGGAAUGCUCCCGGAUUCCCUCAGAGAUGCUUCCAGAAUUUUUCUAUGGAUCCUUGGAUGCUUCCAGAUUCCUUACAGGAUGCUUCCAUAAUCCUUCUAGGAUGCUUCCUGAAUCCAUCUGGGAUACUUCAAAGUUGCUUCAAAGAUGCUUCCACAAUCCUUCUAAGUUGCUUCCAGAAUCCUUCAGGAAUACUUCCAAGUUCCUUCAGAAAUGCUUCCAGAAUCCUUCGGAUGUGCUUCCAGAAUGCUUCUGGGAUGCUCCCAAAAUGUUUCUGGUUUGUUUCCAGAAACCUUCAGGAAUACUUCCAAGUUCCUUCAGAAAUGCUUCAAGAAUCUUUCAGUGAUGCUUCCAGAAUCCUUCGGGUGUGCUUCCAGAAUGCUUCUAGGAUGCUUCCAAAAUGCUUCUGGGUUGCUUUCAGAAUUCUUUCAGGUAUGCUUCCUGAAUCCUUCUAGGAUGCUUCCAAAAUACUUCAGGGAUGCUUUCAAAAUUCUUUCUAGAAUGCAUUCUGAAUUCGUUUUGUGUGCUUCCAGAAUCCUUCUAGGAUGCUUAUAAAUUCCUUCUGGGAUGAUUCCAGAACCCUUAUGGGAUACUCCCGGUUUCCUUCUAGGAUGCUUCCAGAAUCUUUCUUGUGUGCUUCUAGCUUUGGGAAGUGCUUUACAUUUACGAUUAUUUAUUUGUAUUUUCACCGUAACUUUUUUAUGUUGCUUUUCAUAUAAGUGGGCGAAAAUGAAAGUAUACACUAUAACUUUACUGCGAUCACAGUAAGCUGUCGCCAUACCCAUAGCAUAAGUAUAUUUUAUAGACAAUCAGAAUUUAUCGCGCAUUCAAGCAAAGCACACGUCAUCAUGAUAUAUAACGGAGAUAUUGUAAAAAUCUAUAUUCAUAAUCGUUGUGAAGAAGAUGUCUUGAAUUUUCUGAAGAAGCAUUUGAAUAUUACACUCAAGUUAUUGAAACCCUUAGCAAAAAAUUGGAUUCGAAGCUUCAAGUACCAUUUUUCGAAGCAUGGAUGCUGUAAGCGGUUUUUUGAGAAGGAAUCAAAAUGGAUUGAAACGCCUUUCUCGGUAAGAAAUUAUUUCUAGUAAAUGUAUCAAAUUCAUAUUACAUUAGAUUAAAAUAUUGAUAAAUAGUCAGGUACUACGGGAUCAAAGUCGUUCCAUCUUGCUCAUCGUGAAAGUGUUCCUAACCCCGCUGAGCACAAUAACGACGUGGAAGGUAUUUCAAUAGAUAGCACACCUUUGACGCCUCUAUCUACCGCAACCAAGUCUGGUCACCGCGGACGUAGGCGCCUGGUGUUUGAAAGCUUGUCUAAAUCAACCAAAAAUAAACAGAGUCAAAAGUUAGCACGAGAGAACCCGCUUGAAAAACUGUUGCAGUCAUCCGAAAAAGUAGCGCGUAAGCUGAAGAAUCCACAUACAGCGAAAAUGUUGAAAUUAUUGAGAACUGGUGGCGAGAUCUGGGCGAAAAAUGCAUUGAAUUCCAUCGAACGCGCCGAAAAAAAUCUAAAGCCGACUGCUGAAUCAUCGUUGAUGUUAAAAACACGACUUGGACUAAGCAAAUCAAAAUACCAAGGUAAAGGCGUUUGUAUGUAAGUAUUAGGGCAUAAAAGUUUCUAGAAACAAUCCCUAUUUCUGAAGCAUUAUUUCAGUCAUGGUCUCUAUGGAAGAGGAUUAUAUUUAUAAUAUUAGCAUCACACAAACAACCACUAGCAACAAUUAAAUAUAAGGAUACCUCAUUAUUUUACCUUGAGUGUAUAAAACUCAUAAAAAAAUUUAAAUAACAUUCCAAACUUUACAAAAAAAAACCAUUGUGCAUUGUACACUUUCAUAUUUGUUGUAAUAGACUAUCUCCGUCAGAUCCAAUCUCCAUUUUUAUAUUUUCAAAAGUUAAUAUAUAAUAUAAAAUAAUUAAAAUUGGUGCACUAUAAUGUUCAUAAAUAGGGACCAAUAUAGCCGAAGCAGUAAACGCGCAGUUUUUCAGCAAGACUAUGCUGAUGGUUCUUGGUUCGCUUGCCGGUUGCUCCUCGACCUUUUCGUAAUGGAAAUUUUCUUGACUGCCUUGGGCUUACAGUAUCUUCGUACCUGCCACAUAUUAUACGAUCGCAAUAUGGUUGUUGGCAUAGAAAGUUCUCAAUCAAUUACUGUGGAAGUGUUCAUAGAACACUAAGCUGCGAAGCUGGUUCUCUCCUAUUGAGGACGGUACGCCGAGGAGAAGAAUAAGAAUGAUUACAAAAGUGUUGAAUGCAUGAUUGUUUUUUAAGAUAAUGUAAAAAUAUAAACAUUCGUCUUAUGAUAUUGAAUUUACUUUCUAUUUAAGGUAUUCGGAAAUUCAUAAAGCAAGAAUUCGGCUUGAAGCUUCUCGUCCCGUGGGCUGUUAUGAUCGAAUACAGAAAAUCAAUAAUACCGCCCUUUUUAACUCCAAACUGGGAAAAAGGAUACCUUUCGUGUACCGUUUCCGUUCGGGAUUUGAUUGAAAAUGAUGCUAGACGAAUUACUGAACUAGCAGACACAAGAUCAAAACUGGAUGCUAUUUCAAAUUCGUACGACGCACCAAUAGUCAUUGACUGUUUGAUGAGGGUAGCGGGAGGUCCUGAUUCAGCAACAGGUUUCUCCCAGUAUAACCAGGAAAACAUUCUUGGUAGUGAUGAGAGCCUCCUGUCAGAAAAUUAUAUGUGUCUGGAGCUGAUAACAAUGUCUGGGGACGAAAUCUACCGGAAUCCAAACCCGCAGUCGGACUUGUUUUGUCGCCCACGAUCAUUAAGCUGGACGAAAGAGACGGAUGCCAUCACACUGGAAAUGUAUAACAACUUUUUCGAUGAAAUCAACGACAUCAAAGACGAUCCCGUCAUAGUCAACGUAGAUAAUAUUCGUCUUCGAAUAACAGUAGAAGCAAUUUAUUCAUUAAUCGAUGGAAAAGCUGCCAAUGCUAUUGUGGGCAACAAAAAUACACAUGCUUGUCCGGUAUGCAUUGCAGGAGUAGAUAGUGUAAUAGGACCGUCAUAUUUUCACUCUCGCUUAAAUAGCGCGGAAUGGCUAAUUCGUAAUGCGGCAAAAAAGAACAUCCCCAAUAACCCAGCUUUGACAAAUCCUGAAGUACGAGCGGAGCACAGAAAAAUUUCGAAUAAUCUGGAGGAUCAGUUCAAAGCCCAUGUAAAUCGGCCAAAACCCGGAGGCAGUGGAAGUUCCAAUAAUGGGAAUCUUGCACGCCUCAUGCUCUCAGAUCCUACCGCAUUUUCCAAUAUUCUUGGAAUAAAUGUAAAACUGGUGGAAAAUUUGAGGCUGAUCAGCAACCUGGCACUCUCAUCCCGAAGACUUGAUCCUGAAAAGGUCCAGCAGCUGUACGAGGAACUGGAGAAGAAUAUCAUAGGGAAUCCUUCCGCCCUGUUUGCAUAA